GUUCCAGCCCGUUCCCUUGCCAGCGGCCUCGACAAGACGCUAGAUAACACGGCCAGUAGCCCAUCGGAUAAACCCAUGCGCCGGCGCAUCUUUAUGCUCGAAGGCCUCCCAAGAACAUCGUUGAGGUCCUCGGACCCAGACUCAAGAUCCCUCCAGCCUUGUUCGCCUCGCACUGGACUACCGGGCGAUACGAGGGCGUAGUGCCGAACCGGAUGCCGCGCCACUAUGACGCGGCGAGCAGAUGCACGCUGCAGAUGCCCAGGUUCCACCGUGCCAGAGUCCAGGCGCUGGGCGCGGAUAUCGCGGGAACCCACGCCGGCGACGACGGCAGCACCAGGAGCGCCGCCACCACGUGGCUCGACAGCGCAUGGACGCGUCCCUGGCAGUCGCGCGCCUUCGCCCGUCUCGUGCAUGCGCGCCUCGCCCUUGAGGUCAUCACGGACGGUCUCCGGACGAAUAUGGACGCAUUGGGAUUACUGGGGGGAGCAUUCCGUGGCCCUGACAGGAGAGCUGUCGUGGAAGGCUGGGAGGCCGACGCGUGGCACAGCCGGCGCGAGACGCUCGGCAGCAGCGGCCGGCGCCUCGACAUACUGUGGCAAGCCUACAGCGAGGCCGUGGCCGCGCGCGAGAGCAUCGCGUCCAACCGCCAGGGGCGCCAGGGGCGCCACGUAGGCUACCUCUCGUCGCUGGCGACGCUGUCUGUCCCUGUGUCGCUGGGUGCCACCAUCUUGUCCAUGGGAGGCGACUUCGCCGCCGGCGCGAGCCGCUUCUGGGUCUACUGGGCGGUGGCGGUGCCGUCACGGUGCUGGGGUCUCUGGUGCUGUUUACGCGUGCCGGUAGGCGGGCCGUGGGGCGCAUAGCGGAUGAGGAGGCCGGUGGUUGACCGCAGGGAGCUGACUUGCGAUAGGCUGGUGGUUAUUGGUAUGGUUUGUUCGAGGUCUUGUUAUAGCUUUUUCAAGGUCUUGUUAUGGCUUGUUCAAGGUCUUGUCGUCUCUUUGGUGUUUCAAUGGGAAUGGUGGUCCGGCCAGUCCAUUCGAUAUGGGCCUUCGUUCGGUUAGUUGU